CCGACCGCCGCGGUCGCCAUGCGCGCGCUGCUGCCGCUCCUGCGCGCCGGCUGGGGCUGGCGCGCGGGGCCCCCCGCUGCCGCCCGCGCGCCCCGGGGAGCGCGCGCAGGGCCUGGCCCGCACCGCGCCAUGGCCUCCUACCGCACGGAGGAGCGCGGCCAGCCCCGCUCCCCCGGUUACCGCCUCUUCUUCCAGAAUGUAGCUGGUCACUACAUUUCCCCCUUUCAUGAUAUUCCUCUGAAGGUGGACUCAACAGAGGAAAAUGGCAUUCCUACAAAGAGAGCACGAAGUGAUGAGUAUGAGAAUUUGUUUAAUAUGGUUGUAGAAGUACCUCGGUGGACAAAUGCUAAAAUGGAGAUUGCCACAAAGGAGCCUUUGAAUCCCAUUAAACAAGAUAUGAAGGAUGGCAAGCUACGCUACGUGGCAAAUAUCUUCCCUUACAAGGGUUAUAUUUGGAAUUAUGGUGCCCUCCCACAGACUUGGGAAGAUCCCCAUCGAAAAGAUAAGAGUACAGACUGCUGUGGAGAUAAUGAUCCUAUUGAUGUUUGUGAAAUAGGCUCAAAGGUUCUUUCUUGUGGAGAGGUUAUUCCUGUGAAGAUCCUUGGAAUUUUGGCUCUUAUUGAUCAGGGUGAAACAGAUUGGAAAAUAAUUGCUAUCAAUGUGAAUGAUCCUGAAGCUUCAAAGUUUCAUGAUAUUGAUGAUGUUAAGAAGUACAAACCAGGUUACUUGGAAGCUACGCUUAAUUGGUUUAGAUUUUAUAAGGUGCCAGAAGGAAAACCAGAAAACCAGUUUGCUUUCAAUGGAGAAUUCAAAAACAAGGCUUUUGCUCUUGAUGUUAUUAAAUCUACUCAUGAAUGCUGGAAAGCAUUGCUUAUGAAGAAGUGUGAUGGAGGAGCUAUAAAGUGCACAAAUGUGCAUAUAUGUGACAGCCCUUUCCAUUGUACUCAAGAGGAAGCAAGAUCAAUAGUUGAACUGGUGUCAUCUUCACCGAAUCAAGAAAGUAAUACAGAAGAUCAAGUGUGGCACUUCCUUGGCAAGUGAUGGAACAUUUGAAGUUUGGCUAUCAAGACUCCCAUCUCCAAGGACUCCACGACUCCCUUUCCUCCAAGUGCUAGCAAUAGGCAGAUCUAUGAGGAUUUACUGAUUUCCUGUUGAAACUUCAUUGUUUUUCCAGCCUUUUUUGAGAUACACAAUAUGUAAAUAAAGACCGAUAUUUUAAAAUUA